AUUCCCUCCAUUGCAGGAGGUGAUUUUGGAAACACGGAAUCUUCUCUGUCGCCCGCACACCCACGCGCACAACGGAUUCAUUUGCAUUCAGCCUCUUCUCUUUCUCCUCCUCCUCCUCAUCAUCUGAGAGCCCUCUUUUCAUUUGGAUCACCAGGUACACCUCUCUCUCCACCACUUUCUUUUUCCCUUCUGAGAAUCAUUAAUCCAGGAAAAAGAGAAGUUUCAAAUUUGUUAUGGGGAUCUCAAAGAAAGAAAGAAUCUGGAGGAGCAGUUACAUGGGUUGUUUUCAGGCGUGUUCGACACGUUAAACAAGCGCAGGAGAGCUUCACCAUUUAAUAUAACUAUUAGAUGGCUGUACCCCCUGUAGCUGCUCCAUCACCAAAAUCAUCUCCACCAGCUGAUGAUCCAAAAUCAUCUCCACCACCUACAGCAACACCUCCACCUUCACCACCACCGUCUUCACCGCCACCAUCUGCACCACCACCAGAACCGAAAUCGACACCACCACCACAACCGCCACCUGACGCAUCACCCCCACCAUCACCAAAACCCGACUCAUCCCCACCACCAUCUACAACACCAUCACCUCCUGUAACACCACCCCCAUCAUCACCACCACCUUCAUCAACGCCACCAACAAAUUUAUCACCACCAAUUUCUCCUCCUCCUCAAUUACCAUCAUCUCCAACGCAAUCAUCACCACCUCUUCCUCUAAUUUCUCCACCAGGCAGUAUCCUUCCACCUCAAUUACCUACAGCACCAACAGCUCCUGGUGUGUUUUUUCCGCCUCCGAAUUCACCACCUAGUAGAACACCACCGUCAACUCAUACACCAACAUCUAAUCAGAGAAGUUCUCCGUCACAACCGUCGCCGUCUCAAAAUGACGAACUUUCUGAGAAGUUAUCUCUCAUAGUUGGUGCUACUGCUGGGAUAUGUUUUCUUCUUGCUGCUAUGAUUAUCAUCAUUGUGGUUUGCUGCAAGAAAAAAAAGAAGGGAAACUUCGUGAAUGCUCAAUACUACGGGAAUGCUCCUUCUAUGGGACCGCAAGGGUAUAACGGAGCACAAAAUCCGACUUGGUACAACACCAACAAUCCAAAUAAUAUUGGACCACCUCCAGGUUUAUUGGUUCCGCCACCUGGUGCAGGAUGGACUCAACAUCCCCAAGUUAAUAGCAGUGGUGAAGUGGGUUCCAAUUCAUCUGACCCACAGCAAUAUGUAACAUCUCCCGGGUACCACCAAAACCAUAAUCUGCCACUAUCUCCUGGCGGUGGUGGUGGUCUUUCAGUGAACAAGAGCAGUUUUGCCUAUAAUGAACUUUCUCAAGCUACAAAUGGUUUCUCUACAGCUAAUUUAUUAGGCCAAGGUGGGUUUGGUUAUGUGCACAAAGGUGUGUUACCCAAUGGUAAAGUAGUUGCAGUGAAGAGUCUCAAGUCUGGCUCGGGACAAGGUGAGAGAGAAUUUCAAGCUGAGGUUGAUAUCAUCAGCCGUGUUCAUCAUCGCCAUCUUGUCUCCCUAGUUGGUUAUUGUAUUGCUGGAGGACAGCGGAUGCUGGUUUACGAAUUCGUUCCCAAUAAAACACUUGAGUUUCACCUCCAUGGAAACGGCAAUCCAGUUAUGGGAUGGUCUAAUAGGCUUAAGAUUGCCUUGGGUGCAGCAAAAGGUCUCGCUUACCUUCAUGAAGAUUGUCAUCCUCGAAUCAUUCACCGUGAUAUUAAAAGUGCUAAUAUUCUCAUCGACAACAAUUUUGAAGCCAUGGUGGCAGAUUUUGGAUUGGCGAAGUUGUCUCAAGAUAACUAUACUCAUGUCUCAACACGUAUCAUGGGAACUUUCGGGUAUUUGGCUCCUGAAUACGCAUCGAGUGGCAAGCUAACAGAGAAAUCUGAUGUUUUUUCCUUUGGCGUUAUGCUUUUAGAAUUGAUAACAGGAAGGCGGCCCAUUGAUACUACAAAUGCGUACAUGGAAGACAGCUUAGUAGAUUGGGCUAGGCCUAUCAUAACAAACCCCGAUGGUGGUUUCCAAGAGCUGGUCGACCCACGAUUAGAAGGCAACUAUGACCUUGGUGAAAUGUCCUGCAUGGUUGCAUGUGCUUCUGCUAGCAUUCGCCAUUCUGCCAGGAGAAGACCGAAAAUGAGCCAGAUAGUUCGGGCCUUGGAAGGAGAUGUAUCAUUAGAGAUGUUGAAUGAAGGAGUGAAACCAGGCCAAAGUACUGCAUUCCAGGCAAACACAUCAGAAUACGACACUGGAGCAUAUAAUGCAGAUAUACAAAGGUUCAGACAGAUGGCAUUGGGUUCAAACCGCGAUACAGAAAGUAUGAAUUUUACUAGUGGAGCUACAAGUGCUUAUGGACUUGAACCUUCUUCUACCAGUGACAGUUCUUCUGGAGAAGUAGUUAGUCAAGUUACAGCCAAAUCGAAAAGCCCUAUUUACUAAAACCUUGAUUCUAAAUCAAAUCUGUACAGCAUUAUCAAUGUUGAAUAGAUUGGAGUUCAAUAGGAGUAUAUACACUUGAGUCUGGGUUUCAUUUCUAUUUCUCUCUCUAUAUAUAUUAUUUGUGCACUCUAUAUUAUGACACAGUUUUCUGACUCUA